AUUUUUGUUAAGGAUGUUGAUUCUGGAUCUGUAAAAUCACAAUUUAGAGCUGUAAUACCAGUCAGAUAUCAGCAUUAUGUUUCAAUCAAAGUGGCACUCUGGAUCAUACCCAUCUUGGAUACAUCAUCCAAGACAUGUGCUUCUGUCAUUACUAUCAGUGGAUUGCUAUUAUACCAUCCAAAGGGAGUUGCCACUUUUUUGUUCGUCCCCCCUUUGGUGGCAAUGCCAGCUUUCAAACUCUUGUUUGUCCAUGGCAAAUGUCCAUCCCUGUAUCCCAUUGUAUCUCUACCAUGGCGGUCUACUUCAUCUGUCAUCCUAAACCAACAAUCUUCUUCACCUCGGCACCCUGUUACCUUUUAUGUGGAUGUUCACUCUGGGGUUAAUUCCUUGGAGCAUCUGUUAGUUUAUACUCCAUCAGGCUAUGUGAUUAAACUUGAGCUUCUGCCAUCAAUUGAGGCAGAGCUAAAUAAGAGUGAUCUAGCAACUCAGUCUGGCUCAUAUGUACAUUCGCAAGAUGAGGAGUAA